AAGCGGAGUGCCGUGGAAAAGCGAGCGCCCUUUAGUAAAACUCUCGUAUUAACUAGUGAACAUGGAUCGAUCGCUGGCGAGGUAAACGCAGCAAACCUCGGCUGGAUGUCUGAUUAGAAAACAAGUCUCACCACUUUUGUCCCCUCAAACACCAACCAGCCACCUCAGCGGCUCGACCCCCUCUGUAUAUACAAGAAUAUAUAAGUUACCUGGACUGCUUCAUUGCCACCGACGUCGUCGCCCGAGACAUGAUCAAUCACGGCGCGAGGAUCAGACUAGUAUCUACAAUGGCUGCUCCCAAGAUUACGCUAUACGUCGACGUCGUCAGCCCCUUCGCGUACCUUGCAUACUAUAUCACACGACAUUCACCCGUGUUCGCAAAAUGCGAAGUGUCCUAUAUACCCGUCUUGCUGGGUGGAAUCAUCAAGGCAACAAAUAAUAACUCGCCACUAUACAUCAAAAACAAAGACAAAUGGAUCAACGUCGAGAGACUCCGGUGGUCUCGCUAUUUCAACGUUCCCGUCACGGAGGGGACAGUCAAGGGAUUCCCCAUCCAGACGUUGGCGGUGCAACGAGCCCUUUGUUCAGUGGCCGCCGAAACUCCAAGCAAAUUAGUGCCCUGUCUUGAUGCACUAUAUAAGUCGCUCUGGGUCGAAGGAAACCCAGAUGUCGGUAAGCCAGAAGGCUUCACGCCAAUUUUAUCGCAGGUGCUGGGGGAGGAGGCCGCUGAAGAGGCUGUUCGAAAGUCUACCACGGAAGAAGUGAAGAAAAUGCUCCUGGCAAACUCCGAAAGAGCUGUCACUUCUGGCGCUUUCGGCCUUCCUUGGAUAGAAUGCACCAACUCCGAAGGAAAGGUUGAGUCUUUCUUCGGUGUGGACCAUCUUGGGCAAGUCGCCGCCUUCCUUGGACUAGAAACCUCCUCGGAUAAGGGCUUCCGUUGCGUCUUGUAAGUUGCGAUGUUCAAAUUCGAACUUUUCGCUCAGAGACCGGGCUGCAGUCUUUGGGGUAGUUCUCGGUGCUAGACGAAAGUCCUAUAUUAUAACCUGGUUCAUGAGUAUUUAAACCAUUCUCCGGUUGAAAUAGACCAUGAAUUCUCAGCUUUUUGUUUUUUCAACUCCACUGAAAGCGUAGCUACCUUCCUGACA